UCAAUUCGGUAUUCCUCCUCGAAAAACCACUCCCACCAACACUAAUACUGCGCUCUCUGUCCGGAACAAAGCACGUGCGUUGUGGAUCUGUACGACAAGUACUCAUGCAUGCUCACUGUUCCAUUUGAGGAUUUUGCUACGAGCUCUUCAUUCACAUCGGCUGCCAUCCAAAUAAUCAUUUUAUUGAUUAUCAUGUGCUCGUUGACCCACACCGUCUACGCCAUCGGACGAGCUCUUAUCCCCUCAGUGGCAACACUGAUCCGUCGCAUGCGUAGCCGCCGCUACUACUUCAAUACUUAUAUUGCUCGAUCACUGGACCGCUAGAUGGAGGAGAGAUUUGGCAUCGCCCGUGGUAUUCCUGAUGCGGCGCCGGCUCCAGAGCCGAUCUGGAUCAGUCACAAACACAUGCAACGUCUCGGCUAGCCACCUACGUACAACACCGGGCUCCGCCACGAGCGGUGGAGCCUGCACUGUUGAUUUCAGAUCUCUGCUGCAUUGAUGAGAUUCGGGAAUUAGUUGUCGACACAACACAGCCUCUGUUUGUCGAUACAGAGUCUGUUUUUGGCUAAUGGAACUAAACUGGCCUUGAUGUUUAAAAUUGAUUUUUUUCCGAAAUAAAUUU